CAGAGCCAACUGAGUCUUGUGCGAAUCACAGAGAAGUUUGAGGCUGACGGUAACGGCCGGUUCACAGGUCACACCGGCGGGAUGGAGAUCGUCCACGUUUACACGAAGCUCCGCGAAGAGUUUGGCCGCCAGGCUAUAUUCUCUGACCGGCCUGCUGAGCUGCUGGUGGAUGUCCUGCCGGACCCGAGUCUGGGUCUGCAGUUCAUCGAGAAAACCCCCAGAGACCAGGCGUUGCAGGCCUGCCUAGACAUGUCCGAACACCAGGUGAACACGGAGCGAUUCGAGUCGGACAGCUGUGGGAUAAACCACGUGGAGGGGGGGUGGCCCAAAGACGUCAACCCCCAGGAGAUGGAACAAACCAUCCGCUUCAGGAAGAAGGUGGAGAAAGACGAGAGCUACAUCAACAGCACCUUGCAUCUGGGCAGCGUCAUGGAGCACUGCAACAGACAGAACAACGCCGUGGACAUCUACCAGACGUACUUUGAGGACGAGGAGGAGGUCGAGGAAAGUCUGGAGCCGCCAUCUGCCAAGACCAUCAAUGUCUUCAGAGAUCCUAACGAGGUGAAACGUACCGUCACCAGUCUGUCAUGGCAUCCUGACAGCGGCAGGAAGCUGGCAGCCGCCUACUCCUGCCUCGAGUUCCAGAAAACCUCCAAAGACAUGAGCCUGGACUCCUACAUCUGGGACGUUGAGAAUCCGAACAGACCAGAGAUGACUCUGAAGCCGGCAUCUCUGCUCGUCUGUCUGGAGUAUAAUCCCAAAGACUCACACACUCUGGUGGGAGGCAGCUACAACGGGCAGAUCGCAUACUGGGACACCCGGAGAGGCAGCCAGCCGGUGGAGUUGUCCUCUGUGGAGCAGAGUCACAGAGACCCAGUCUACAAGAUCAUCUGGCUGCAGUCCAAGACCGGGACAGAUGCAUUCUCUGCCUCCACCGAUGGACAGGUUCUGUGGUGGGAUGUUCGCAAGUUGAGCGAGCCCACAGAUCGUCUUGUUCUGGACCUGGGCAGGGAGGGGAACCUGGAUCGAGCUUUAGGAGCCAUCUCUCUGGAGUUUGAGGCCACCAUGCCAACUAAAUUCAUGGUGGGGACGGAGCAGGGCACGGUUGUCUCCUGUAACAGGAAGGCAAAGACUCCAGCCGAAAAGAUUGUUUGUACAUACGACGGUCACCACGGGCCCGUCUAUGCCCUGCAGAGGAACCCCUUCUUCCCCAAAAACUUCCUCACUGUGGGGGACUGGACUGCCCGCAUCUGGUCUGAGGACAUCAAGGAAUCAUCCAUCAUGUGGACCAAAUAUCAGAUGUCGUACCUGAUGGACGCCUGCUGGAGUCCAGUCAGACCCUCUGUCUUCUUCACUGUAAAGAUGGAUGGCGUGUUGGACGUCUGGGACAUCCUGUUCAAACAGAAUGACCCCACGCUCAGUCUCAAGGUGUGUGAUGAGGCUCUGUACAGCCUUCGUGUUCAGGAUAACGGGCGUUUGGUGGCAUGCGGCUCUCAGCAGGGCGGAGCCACGCUGCUGGAAAUUUGCUCCGGACUGUCGACCCUCCAGAAGAAUGAGAAGAGUCUGCUGGCUGCUAUGUUUGAGCGUGAGACGAAGCGAGAGAAGAUCCUGGAGGCUCGACAGAGAGAGAUUCGUCUGAAGGAGAGGAGUCGAUCAGAGCAGAGCAGAGAGGAGGAGGGAGGUCGAGAGGAAGGGGAAGAGAGUCCGGAUCAGCUGAUCAUCAGAGCUGAGAACGACUUUUACAGCGUGGUGGAGACGGAGCUGAGGAAGAGGAGGGAGGACGAGGCAAACGAGGAGAAAGGUGUCUGUGAAGAAAAAGAAAUGAAGAAUGAAGUGGAAGCUUCAGAAACGUCACAGUAAAUAAAAAUGUUUCUGUCAU